CAGAGUACAGGCGUAGAUUUGUUUAUGAAGCAAUUUAAAUAUUUUAAAUCUAAUAAACCACAACCAUCUCUCAAUAGUGUCAUAUCUGUGGAUAUUACUACUUCAGAGAUUCUACCUCUGGAUCGGAAAUGCGACCCACUGAGAAGAUCAGGCCAAGAAACUCAGUGGGCUGUGUCUGUGCGUUAAUUUACUCGCCGAGCUCUUCGUCGCAAGCGAUGGAUUCGACAAGAAUGAUGACCAGUACCUGGGGAUAUCGGGAAUGUAGUUACCGGACAUCUAUGCCCACAAAGCCUUUGAAGGCAAAAUGAAGCUACCCAUUAUUGCAGUUGCUUUUAGACAUCUAGGACACAUAUUUUACGAGUGAAACAAGAACAUCCCAAUGUAUAUUGUGAAACUUUUAGAAUGCAAUACAAAUUAUAAAUGUGAAGACAAUCUUACACAGUGCUUAGGUUUGAUAAACAAAAACAAAUGGAAAACUUACAGUUUUGUUCAGCACCCUGGUUUAAUGUUAAUAAGGAAUCCAUUCACUGGAUCUGGUCAAAGAUAUUGGAUCAAAAGAUGCUUAGAAAGAUAUCCAAAGAAACCGAAUAAAAUAAAUAUUGAUAUAGAAAUUGAUAAUUUAGAUGACUGGUGGAGAGAAUGUCACAAAAGUAUGGAAUGUGAUAAAAAAUUGUUAAAAAAACUUAGGUGGACAACAUUGGGUUAUCAUCACAAUUGGAACACAAAAGCAUAUAGUGAAGAGAACAAGACCCCUUUCCCAGAAGAUUUGUCAGAACUGUCAAGUGUCGUGGCUCAGUAUCUUGGAUUUGCGAAAUUUAGAGCUGAGGCGGCUAUUGUUAAUUACUACCACAAGAAUUCUACACUGUCCGCUCACACUGAUCACUCAGAGGUCAACUUAGAUGCACCAUUAUUUUCAUUUAGUUUUGGCCAAUCUGCUAUAUUUUUAAUAGGGGGCCGGGAGAAGUACAUCGAACCAUCAGCGAUACUACUAAAAAGUGGAGACAUAGUUGUAAUGUCCAAAGAAGCAAGGUUGUGUUAUCAUGCUGUGCCUAAAAUAUUACCGGAAUACCAUCAACCAUGGAAUUCAGAUCUUUCGGAGCUUGAUUUUAAUAAAAUGCCAUCUUUUAUGUACAUUUCGAAUCCGAAAGAAACAAUUGAAGCAAUGAAUGAAAAUAUAGAAAACGACAAGUGGAGUGAAUUCGAAAAUUACAUCAAGGAAUCCAGAAUUAACAUUAAUGUUAGACAAGUAUUAAAUGAAAAACAGAUUAGUUUGGCUGACGAAAAUUUUUCUUAGAACAAAACAGUUUUUUAUUCCGUCGUACAUUCUUAUUCUAAAAAUAUUAUUUUAAAGUCCCUAUGUGUUUUGCAAGGCCAUUCUUGCUUCCGAGGUUCCUUUGUUAUGACUGCAAAAUGAAAAAACAAAUUAUUUUUGACCAUCUCUACAGCGUUAUAAUAAAAAUAUUAUAUUUUUGCCAAUACUUUUUUAAUCGAAC